UUUCAGUCAAACGCAAAAUGCAAACCCAACGGCUAUAAUUCCGGGGUGGUUUUCUUUCUCUUCAACAUCUUUACCUGAGAUUCAAGAACCAGGAGAAUUCAUCGGAACUGAAAUGCCACAAGCUCUCAAAUUUCAUCUGUCUUUGUGGAACAUCUCAUUCCCAAUAAUUUUAUAAAGUCAGUCUCGCUUGCCCAUUUGUCCUUUGAUUCUUUCAGUUUGUAAAGAAUCCGCUCUUCUUUGGGAAAACAAUAAAAAGUAGUUGAGCCAAACGUUUUUUUUCACCCCAACAUCUUCUGCAUUCUGCAAUCUGCAUUCUGCAUUCUCCCCUGGGGUGUCAUUUGAAUUUUUAUUUAUUUAAUUUUUGUGUUUUUUUGUUUUCAUUUUGAUGAUUUUGGGGGGUUUUUUCAGUGAUAAUCUUGAAAAGCUCUCAUCUUUGGAGUUUCUUGAUCAUACCCUCCCUCUCCCCUAUUAGGGCAUUCCCUGUAAUGUAAUCUGCCUUGAAGACAAAGUUUGGGUGUUUCAGGCUUGGUUCUUUGGAUCCAAUUCUGUUUCUUGUUUCAAUAUUUAAUUUAAUUUAAUUUUUUUUGUAUUUUAUAGAUUUUUUUUGUGUGUGCAUAUAUUUAGCUUCAUUUUUUCUCAUUAGGGUUAUUUUUGGGUCCAAUUUUUCUUGUAAUUUUGCCUAUCCAUUGUUCCUCUGAAACAAUAUCUAUUUAUUGUUGUUCUUACAUUGUUUCUGGGAGAAUAGGAAUCUUUUGUAGGCAAUAAGAAGAAAGGGAUCCUUGAAUUUAUAAGCCUAUAGAAAGAAGUUGACAAUGUCUGCUGUGGAUGUGGCUUUGUCAAGUCCUUUUCAAGAAGAGUCAGUGAGGUCUAGCAGGCACAGCAGCAAUAAUGCCCCGUUGGGGCUUUGCACGAACGAGUCGAUUGUGAUUUAUAUAACGGUCGGCGGUUCUGUGGUUCCCAUGCGUGUUUUGAAGUCUGAUUCCAUAGCUUCAGUGAAGCUGAGGAUACAAACAUGCCAAGGGUUUGUAGUGAAGAGACAGAAGCUAGUUUUUGGAGGGAGGGAGCUGUCCAGGAAUGAUUGUUUGGUGAGAGACUAUGGUGUUGUGAAUGGGAAUUUCCUGCACCUCAUACUUAAGCUCUCUGAUCUCCUUGUCAUCAAUGUUAGCACCACUUGUGGGCAGGAUUUUGAGUUCCAUGUUGAUAGGCAUCAGAAUGUUGGGUAUCUCAAGAGACAGAUUGCCAAGGAAGGGAAUGGCUACUUUGAUCUUGAGGAUAAGGAUCUGUUCUGUAAUGGUGAGAAGCUUGAGGACUUGAGGCUCAUUGAUGAUAUCAAUAAGAACACUGCUGAUGCUGUGGUUCACUUGGUAGUUCAGAAAUCGGCUAAGGUUUGGGCGAAGCCCGUUGAUAGGGAUGUUGAGCUGUCUGUUGUUGCAGCAGCGACAGCGAAUUGGAACGAGAACCCACAAGUUAAAGAACCUACCCGAGAUCUCCAAGCUUUGUCCACAAAAAACAAGAAUUCCCCAGAUGUCCUUUUGGAGCCAAUUAUUGUCAAUCCAAAGGCUAAAUUGCCUCAGUCUUUGUGGGAUUUGAUCAAUUCUGCACUUGAUGGGUUGGUGAAAGGCAAAACGCCUAUUAGAUCGUCUGAAGGCACCGGGGGAACCUACCUUAUGUUGGAUGGAUCAGGGAACAAGUAUGUUGCUGUGUUUAAGCCUAUCGAUGAGGAACCGUUGGCUGUGAAUAACCCUCAGAACCUACCUUUAUCACCAACUGGUGAGGGGCUCAAGAGGGGAACCAAAGUUGGGGAAGGUGCCUUUAGGGAGGUUGCAGCCUUUUUACUCGACCAUCCAAAAACCGGCCCUCGCUCAUUCUCCAAUGGCGGGGAGAUUGGCUUCUCCGGGGUGCCUCCAACGGCCCUCGUUCAAUGCUUGCACAAUGGCUUUCACUACCCCGAUGGAUUUCAGUGGUCACCCGAGAACAUCAAAAUCGGUUCACUCCAGUUGUUCAUGAGUAACUGUGGAAAUUGCGAGGACAUUGGACCUCAGGAUUUCCCGGUGGAGGAAGUGCAUAAGAUCAGCGUUUUCGAUAUAAGAACUGCCAAUGCAGAUAGGCAUGCCGGGAACAUUUUGGUGAACAAAGGAGAAAACAGGCGCACUAUGCUUACCCCAAUAGAUCACGGCUACUGCUUGCCCGAGAAAUUUGAAGACUGCACAUUUGAUUGGCUGUACUGGCCACAAGCCCGGCAGCCAUUCUCAGCAGAGGCGAUCGAGUACAUAAAGUCGCUGGACGCUGAGGAAGACAUUGCACUUCUGAGAUUCUACGGGUGGGAGCUGUCAUUGGAGUGCGCUCGAGUGCUGCGAAUCUCGACAAUGCUAUUGAAAAAAGGGGCAGAGAGAGGACUAACGCCUUUCGGAAUUGGCAGCAUGAUGUGCAGGGAGAAUCUGAACAAGGAAUCCGCGAUUGAGGAGAUAGUUCGCGAGGCUAUGGGUGCUCGGGGCAGUAGGGAUGAAACUGAAUUUCUUCAGACUGUGUCGGAGCUCAUGGAUGUCCGGCUCGAGAGGCUAUUGAAGGAGGAGGAGGAGGAUGAUAAGAAGUAAAAUGUGUGUAUAGAAGAAGAAGAAGAAGAAGAGAGAAUGGGCAGUGAAGUCCAUAGUAUAGAUGGACAGAAGGGUCCUAAUAUAUAGCAGUGAUUGAUGAUUAUAUAGGUGGAGGAUCAACUCUUUUGUGUGUGGUCUGAAAGCCCCCUUUUUCCCCCCCUUUUUGGAUCUCAACUUUCUCACUAUGAUGACUCUUUGAUAUUUUGGGAUAUAUAUUUAAGAGAAGUUGAAUAAUAAGUAAAAAUCAAGUUUGGUUAGA